AUGGCGUCGCUGGGUGAGGAGCUCCUCAACAUCGUCAACAGGCUCCAGGACCUUGUUUUCAACACCAUCGGGAAUGAUUCUCUCGAUCUACCCCAGAUUGUUGUUGUUGGUUCACAGUCCUCUGGAAAAUCGUCGGUCCUCGAGAAUAUCGUCGGCAGGGACUUUCUCCCUCGAGGCAGCGGCAUCGUAACACGACGACCGCUUAUCCUCCAGCUUAUCAACCUACCGAGCGAGCGCGAGGAUGCCGAGGAAGGCGAUGAGGUGCACGUGCCGCACACACCAGCCAGCGUAGCAGGACAACAGGAAUGGGGAGAGUUCCUGCACAUUCCCGGGAAAAGGUUCUACGACUUUGCGGAGAUCAGGCGCGAAAUCGAGGCCGAGACAGCGAGGAUAGCAGGAAACAACAAGGGUAUCAACAGGCAACCGAUCAACCUGAAAGUGUAUUCUCCACACGUCCUCAGCUUGACACUUGUCGAUCUUCCUGGUCUGACAAAGGUACCCAUCGGCGACCAACCGUCGGAUAUCGAGAAGCAAACCCGUACUCUCAUCACCGAGUAUAUCGCCAAGCCGAACAGUGUUAUUCUCGCCGUCUCUCCCGCGAACGUCGAUCUUGUGAAUUCGGAAGCACUGAAGUUGGCCCGCCAUGUCGAUCCUAUGGGCAAGAGGACAAUUGGUGUGCUUACCAAGUUGGAUCUCAUGGAUCACGGAACGAAUGCUAUGGAUAUCCUGACCGGACGUGUGUACCCGUUGAAGCUCGGUUUCAUCGGCAUUGUCAACCGUUCGCAAGCGGAUAUCCAGAGCGGGCGACCUCUCGCGGAUGCUCUACAGGCCGAGCGCGACUUUUUCAAGCAUCACCCAGCCUACCGAAACAUGGCCAACCGAUGUGGAACUCAGUUCCUGGCCAAGAGCCUCAACCAGACCCUCAUGUCCCAUAUUCGCGACCGAUUACCAGAUAUCAAGGCGCGCCUGAACACUCUCAUGGGACAAACACAGCAGGAGCUGGCAAGCUACGGAGAUGUGGCAUUUACAGGAAAAGAGCACCGCGGCUCCCUGAUUCUGCAACUUAUGACCCGUUUUGCCUCAUCCUUCAUCUCUUCCAUUGAUGGUACUUCUACUGAGAUCUCGACCAAGGAGCUUUGCGGUGGUGCCAGAAUCUACUACAUCUUCAACUCGGUGUUCGGCAAUUCUCUCGAGCAGGUUGACCCCACCCAGAACUUGUCUGUCCUCGACAUCCGCACUGCUAUUCGAAACUCUACCGGACCUCGACCCAGCCUGUUCGUUCCUGAACUGGCAUUCGACCUCCUUGUUAAGCCGCAGAUCAAGCUGCUCGAGAUUCCCAGUCAACGCUGCGUCGAGCUCGUAUACGAGGAGCUCAUCAAGAUUUGCCACACAUGUGGCUCGACUGAGUUGACCAGAUACCCCAGAUUACAAGGCAAGCUCAUCGAAGUUGUAUCAGAUCUGUUGAGGGAACAGCUCGGGCCGUGCUCGACAUAUGUUGCCUCGCUUAUUGACAUCCAGCGAGCGUAUAUCAACACAAAUCACCCCAACUUCCUCGGCGCAGCCGCAGCCAUGUCUUCAGUCAUUGCAGACAAGGAGGCCAGGGAGAAGAAGGCCAUUCAGGAUGCGGAGCGUAAGAGGCGCGAACAGAAGAGGCUCAAGGAGCUGAACGGCGCCAACGGCGGUGAAACCCCAGAGGAUGGCGAGGAGUCGCAGAAGGUUGCCGACAAGGCGAUGCCGCUCAGGAAACACCAGUCACAAACAAGCCGUAGUAUGUCGCCCGCAGUCGGGCGCUUGAUGAACGGCUCUCACAACAGCAUUUCAGGUCAACUCAACAACCGCAACCGAUCUCCGCCAGGUAACCCACGAGAUGGGUUCUUGAACUACUUUUUUGGCAAAGACGGCGGUGCUGCACACAACCCAGCUUUGACACUCGACAACCGACCCGGCAGUCGGCAUGUCAGCCAACACGUCGAGCCUAGCUUUGCACAGAGCAUCAGGAGAGGCGACCCUAAGGCACCGUCUCCAAUGAUACCUACGUUCAACAUGAACGAUGAGGAUGACGAGCCAAGCAGCCCGAUACAAGAGGUCCAGGGCGGAUUUCCCUCGAACCCCGAGUCUGCUCCUGCGCUCACAGAGCGUGAAGCGCUGGAGACGGAGCUCAUCAGCCGUCUCAUUUCUUCUUACUUCAACAUUGUGCGCGAGACGAUUGCCGACCAAGUGCCAAAGGCCAUUAUGCACCUGUUGGUCAACCACUCCAAGGACGGCGUGCAGAACCGCCUCGUCAGCUCCCUGUACAAGGAAGACCUGUUCCAGGAGCUGCUGUACGAAGACGACACGAUCAAGGCGGAGCGCGAGAAGUGCGAGAAGCUGCUCAAGACGUACAAGGAGGCGGCCAAGAUUGUGGGCGAGGUGUUGUAA